AUGAAGGUGUUGAAUUUGGUGAGAGAAUUCGAGAGAAUGCAGAUGAAGGAUUCUGAGUCCAUCAAAGCGUACUCAGACAAGUUGAUCGGGAUUGCUAAGAAGGCAAGAGCAUUAGGAACUGAUCUAUCUGACAAUAGAUUGGUUCAGAAGAUUUUGGUUUCAGUACCUAAGAGAUAUGAAGCAACCAUUGCUUCCUUAGAGAAUACUAAAUACCUCUCCAAACUCAAAGUGAUAGAAGUUGGAGAAGGUGGAAGAGAGAAGAAGUGGAAAGRGAAGAAGGCGAGUGGCAGUAGUAGCUCAGAAUUUGCUGCAAAGGAUGUUGGUAGUGUAUGCAAGCACUGCGGUAAGCACAACCAUCCACACUUUAGAUGCUGGAGAAGGCCAGAUGUGAAGUGUAGAAGGUGUAAUUUAUUAGGACACAUUGAACGAUUUUGUAAAGGUGCCAAGACCCAACAACAAGGAGGAGCACAUGCUGCAGUACAGCAAGAAGAAGAUCAACUCUUUGUGGCCACCUGUUUCUCAUCAGCCAAUCAAUGUGAUGGUUGGUUGGUUGAUAGUGGGUGUACCAAUCAUAUGACAAGUGACAAUGGGUUGUUCAAGGACCUUGACAAGUCAUUUAAGUCAAGGGUGAAGAUAGGAAAUGGUGAGUAUCUAGACGUGAAAGGGAAGGGCACAGUGUCAAUAGAGAGUUGUGUUGGAACAAAGUUGAUUAAUAAAGUGUUGUUUGUUCCUGAGAUUGAUCAAAACCUGUUAAGCGUUGGUCAACUAGUAGAUAAGGGAUUUAAAGUGUUGUUUGAAGACGGGAAGUGCCUCAUUUCUGAUUCUAGUGGGAUGAGUUGUUCAGAAUAA